GAGGAGGGCGCUCGCAGCUCAGCCAUGCUGGCUCACGCUGCGCCGUCGGCCGUCGGCCGCCGGCGAGGAGCGGCCAUGCGCUCCACCCGGGCGGGCCGCCGCCUCGUCGCGCGCAGGGCCGCGGCCGCGGACUGGAGCUUCCCCGUGCCCGUUCGGUUCGGCGCCGGGCGCGUCUCCGAGGUGCCGGAGGUGCUGGCCGGCAAGUCGGCCUCGAGGCCCCUGCUGGUGACGGACCGGGGCCUGGCCGGCAGCCCGGCGGUGGCGGCGCUGCUGGCCAGCCUGCGCGGCGCGGGGCUGUCCCCGCGGCUGUUCGGGGACGUGUCCCCGAACCCCACGGACCUGGACGUCGCCAGCGGCGCGGAGGCGUUCCGGGCGCACCGCGCGGACGCCGUGGUCGCCCUGGGCGGCGGCAGCGGGCUGGAUGGCGGCAAGGCGAUCGCCAUGGUGUCCACCGGCCACGCGCUGCACGACUUCGAGUGGACCAGGCCGCCCGUCUGCGUGGCCGAAGGUUCCCGCCCGUUGUGGCCAUCCCGACCACGUCGGGGACGGGUGCGGAGAUGGAUUCGGCCAGCAUGGUCACGGACACGUCGGCGCGCGUGAAGUGGUGCGUGGCCCACCCGGCCAUGAGCCUGACGGUCAUCGCCGACCCAGAGCUCACGCUGUCCCUGCCGCCGCACCUCACCGCCUGGACUGGCAUGGACGCCCUCACGCACGCCUUGGAGGCGUACUGCGUGGACUCGUACCACCCGCAGUGUGACGGCAUCGCGCUGGAGUCUCUGCGGAUGGUCAAGGAGUGGCUGCCCGUCGCGUUCGCCGACGGGUCCGACAUCCAGGCGCGGUCCCACAUGCAGGCCGCCUCCAUGAUGGCCGCCGUGGCCUUCCAGAAAGGCCUCGGGGCUGUGCACGGCAUCAGUGAGCCCAUCGGCGCCAUGCACAACACGCAGCACGGCCUCACCAACGCCGUGCUGCUGCCGCACGUAUUGCGCGUGAAUCGCCCGGCGAUCCAGGGCAAGUGCGACGCCGUUGCUCAGGCCCUCGCCCUUCCGUCGCCGCCGGCAUCCUACCGAGCUCCCACGGGCGACGGCGACAGCGGCUUCUGCCGCGUGUGCUACUGGGUGGACUCCCUGUGCGCGCGCCUGGGGAUUCCGCGCGACCUGGCGGCGGUCGGCGUGCCGGCGGACGGCGACGCCGCGCAGCUCGCCGAGAAGGCAGUGGCCAACCCGACGGGACACACCAACCCUAUUGGCUUCACCGCGGAGCAGUACGAGGGGGUGUUCCGCGCCGCGAUGGAGGGGCGGCGCGACAACUACGAAACGUUCUAG